ACUAACAAACUACUGGUCAGACGGCAGAAUACGGAACGAGAUCGGCCGAGCCGCUGUUGGAAAUGCUAACUUGCUCAGUUGUAGCAGUUAUCUAACUGUCUGUCUGUUGCUUGGCCUCUUUUGGGUCAGAAUAUGUAUUUCGGUGCGUUUGGCCGGGUCUGCUCGUCGUGCAGGUGAGCUUAGCGGUUCUGAGCCUCCGGCGGGUGUCGGUUUUCUCCCCAUGGCGGACACACCGGAACCGAGCCGUGGGAGCGCGGAGGAGGACGAGGAGGAGAAACCGAACCGCAUCGACGACGCAGAACUGGCGUUGAAAGGAAUCAACAUGCUGCUCAACAACGGCUUCAAGGAGAGCGACGAGCUCUUCAGGACGUACAGGAACCACAGCCCUUUGAUGAGCUUCGGGGCCAGUUUUGUGAGUUUUCUGAAUGCCAUGAUGACUUUUGAAGACGAGAAAAUGCAGAUGGCCUUUGAGGACCUGAAGGCUACAGAGAAACUGUGCGAGAGCGAAAACAGUGGUGUUAUUGAGACCAUUAAAAACAAGAUCAAGAGGAACGUGGACCCUCAGAAGUCGGGCAUGGCCGCAGUGGAUCGACUCCAGAGGCAGGUCAUCAUCGCGGACUGUCAGGUUUACCUCGCGGUGCUGUCGUUCGUCAAACAGGAGCUGUCAGCGUACAUCAAAGGAGGCUGGAUCCUUCGCAAAGCCUGGAAGCUGUACAACAAAUGUUACAGUGACAUCACACACCUGCAAGAGGGAAAACGGAGGAGCCCCGACCAACAAGGUAGGCCGUCGCCGCCUCUGUCUUCCUGCACCGACCAGUCCGUGCACAGCUGCGCCUCGCACUCUGAGUCCAGCCCGUCCCGCCGGCUGGAUGGCAUCAGCACAGAGGCUCUGGACAGGCUGAAGGGCGCCGUCAGCUUUGGUUAUGGCCUCUUCCACCUCUGUAUCUCCAUGGUGCCGCCGCACCUCCUGAAGAUUGUCAACCUGCUGGGGUUCCCCGGUGACCGUCACCAAGGCUUGUCGGCGUUGACUUAUGCCAGUGAAAGUCAGGACAUGAAGGCCCCCUUAGCUACCUUGGCCCUCUUGUGGUACCACACGGUGGUGCAGCCCUUCUUCGCUCUGGAUGGCGCAGACACACUGUCGGGGUUAACAGAGGCCAAAUCCAUUCUCCGGCAAAGGGAGGCCACCUACCCAAACUCCUCCCUCUUCAUGUUUUUUAAAGGCAGAGUUCAGCGCCUCGAGUGCCAGAUCAGCCGUGCCUUGACGUCCUUCGGCGAUGCCUUAGACCUUGCAUCCGGCCAGCGGGAGAUUCAGCACGUGUGUUUAUAUGAAAUAGGUUGGUGCAGCAUGAUUGAGCUGAACUUCAGAGACGCCUACAAGGCCUUUGAGCGACUGAAGAAUGAGUCCCGCUGGUCCCAGUGCUACUACGCCUAUUUGACUGGAGCGUGCCAAGGAGCCACAGGGGAUCUGGAGGGAGCCACGGCUGUCUUCCAAAGCGUUCAGAGACUUUUCAGGCGCAAGAACAACCAGAUCGAGGUGUUUUCCAUGAAGAGGGCCGAGAAACUGAAGAGUUCCAGUCUGUCCAAAGAACUGUGUAUUCUGGCUGUGAUCGAAAUCCUUUACCUGUGGAAAGCUCUGCCCAACUGCUCCACCGCCAACUUGCAGACUAUGGCAGAAGUGCUGCAGGGAAUCGAUGACACCUCGUGUGCAGGCCUGAAGAACCUGCUUCUUGGUGCUACAAGCAAAUGUCUUCAUAAUACCAAAGAUGCCAUUCAGUAUUUCCAUCUAGCUGCCAGGGACGAGGUUGGACAUCUGAGCAACUCUUACGUUCAGCCGUACUCGUGCUAUGAAAUGGGCUGUGUGCUCCUGAACGCCUCAGAGUCGGCUGGAAAAGGUCGAAUGCUACUACUACAAGCUAAGGAGGAGUACGCAGGUUACGACUUUGAAAACAGGCUCCAUGUACGUAUUCAUUCGGCUCUGGCCUCCACCAAGGCUGCAGCGCAAUCCUGACGCGACACUUCAGUCUGCAGGAUGAUGUCUCCACAAAGCCACAACAACGUCACCGCUGAGUGAUUUCAGUUUUUGUCUUAUUGUUUUCCACACAAUGCGCCACUGCUUUGUUUUGCAGCAUGCGCAAUAUUCAGAGCAGGUGUUCUGCAGGAGAACAGUCACAGGAGCUGUUCUGUUAUUAUUGUAAAGUUUUUUCACCCUGAUAUUUUAUUUUUUUUUAGAGAAUGCAGCGAACAUCAGUUAAGUUAUUGUUUACGUUACAAUUUUGAAAAAAUGCCGUGUAAUUUUAAAAACAGUCGGCAGACAUUUGGUGUAAAAUGUGCUAUUUUAAUCUUUAAUUUUCAGGCAAGUCUGUUCUCGUUAAGUAUUUGUUUGGCUUCUUAUUUUAAGAUUCUUUUUGUAACGCUGCACUUUUUGUAACGGGGGUUUGAAAAAUCUAUGGGCACAAGUAUGAAAACAGUAUUUUUAUUUUGACAAUGGGCUGCGUUCACAUUACGGGUUGAAGUGACCCGACUGAUUGUUAAGGUGUUUACUGAGAAAAUACUGAUUUAUUAUUAUUUUUAUUUACACUUAACUGCAGUUUGCAGCUGUAGCGUGUGCAGGACUAAUAGAGAGUUAAAGUAGUGACGGAUUUAAGUAUUCUUUGUGCAAUGGGUUAGCUUGACUACUCGCUGUAGCCGCCAGUUCUACAGUGACAAGUUUUUCGUACUUGCUACUACGUGGGGUUAUUGACUUUGGGAUUUGAACAUGUUGAAGUUUUUUUUUGUGAAAACAGAUUUUUGAAAACAGUUCUGCACUUGACAGGUUUAGUUUUUUUUUUUUUUUUGUAAUAAAAUUUUGAAAUUGUUCAGUCAGUUGUUAAAUCAGCCAUCUUAGCGAACAUUAAUAUGGGCAAAAGCUGUUUUGUUAGCAAUAAGGCAGUGUGGAACUCUUAUAUAUUAAUUGUUUUUCUUCUACCUUCAUACUGUUAUUCCGUGACUGUCCCUGUGCUGCUGUAACAUCGUAAAUUUCCAAGUCGUGGGACUAUUAAAGGAUUAUCUUAUCUUAAUUUUAAA